AUGCUUUGGCCUGAUGUCUGUAAAGCCAUUAAAAACGGACCUGGUCAGAGCGGCUUCGAUAUGGGGCAGGGUGCUUUAGGGAAGCACGUGGAGGACGACGCAUCGGACGAGGUUAAUGGCACCGGACAGAGGCGUAGGGCGGAAUUCGCGAACGGAUACGAAGGGUAG